UCUCUGCUCGCCCUUUAACUAAAGCUUUUUCGCAAUUGCAUGACAUAUUUUCAGUAUUAAUCCAGAUGAGCCAUCCUUCAUUCUCACUCCCUUAGAAACCCCAUUCUGUCUCAAACCAUUCCUUAUUCCUGUGAAAAUAUAAGUGAUCCAGCACGAUUCCUCAAAAAAAAAUUGCAAGAUGAAGUUACUUGGUUGGAUGAAUCGGAAAACAAGGCAAAAUAAUUUAGAGCCACCACAGAAAGAAUUUUUACAUGGUAUCUCAACAAAGCCAUCACUAUACAUGCAAGAGCAGUACCUGAAGCAAACCUUUGCCCCAGAGAAACCUAGACAGCAGGACACAAGACUACACGAGGUUGAAAAUUCGUAUUUCAUACAUGAUGGGUCCUUUGAUGGCUUUCUCACAAUUGGAACCCUUGGAUUGGAUCCAAGCAGUACUGAUCCCCCAACACCUACAUUUGCGAUGCCUCCUGAAAAGAUAAGAGAAGAAGCUAUCGAUGCAGGAAGAGUAGAAUUGCAGCUUGUCAAUAAUGAGCUUAUAAAAUUCCUCGAAGAAGAAAAGAAAGAGAGGUGCGUUGAAAUGAAAGAAAGCGAAAACAUGACAUGCAAAAGAAAUAUCUGUACUAUGAACAAGGAAGAGAAUAGAGACAUGGUGACACUCCCACUCCAGGGGUACCUAUUUGCAUCCUCUAUUGACCUACCAGAUACAAGUGUGUACAUGAAAAAGGAGAAGGUAUCACUGAGACAACUCUUUGAAGCAAGUAAUGCAGCAUGUGGUCACUCUACAAAAAAGGGCAGGGAAAAAGAGAAGAAUGACAUGAGCUCAUACACUAAGCCAUUUCUGAAGAAGAUAAUGAACAAGCUUCACUCAUCUUCGAGGAGCAGCACAACUUAUGCUGAUGAUAAGCCAGCCGUUGCUCCACAAUCAAUCAAAAGGAAACUCUCUAAGGUUGGUUACCAGUUACUACCACCUGGUUUUCUUAUAUCAUAUCCAUGGAAUGAUGGAUUUCAGUUUCUAGUUGCUCUCAUGGUAACAAAAAGAGAAAAUCACUCCUUUCGUAGUAUGUUUCAAGGUGGUCCAUGCUAUGCAUUUAGAUUGUUCAACAGAAAAGUUCAUCCAGAAAGAACAGGAGAGGAGAAAAAAACAGAGACAUACAACAAGGAUAAUGCCAAAAGUAGUGUCCACAAAUUCCAGAUCAAUCGCACGUACAACUUUCCAGUCAAACCGAUGUUAAAAAGCAAGUUCAGUGGCUUGGAACUGGAAACACACAAGGCACUUCACAAUGAAGAUUCAACUCAGAAUAAAGAAUACUGGAUCAGAACAGACGCAGACUAUGUGGUGUUGGAGCUUUAG